CGUGUAGUUGGGAGUUUAGAAAGGGACAACCCCCCAUUCAAUUUUCAAACGUGUUCAUUUCACUGAUCACUGUCAGAGCCACCUAGAAGUCACUGCAACACUUGCGUCACAAAAUGGGUCCCUACACAAUCACUUACUUUGGAGUCCGAGGGCGCUGUGGAGCUAUGAGGAUCAUGAUGGCCGACCAGGGCCAGGAGUGGAAGGAGAUCCUGAUAGACUUCUCUGACUGGAUGAAAGGAGAUCUGAAAGCCUCUUGUGUAUUUGGUCAGUUGCCCAAGUUUGAAGAUGGAGGAUUGGUCCUGUACCAAUCCAAUGCCAUUCUGAGGCACUUGGGCCGCAAUCAUGAUGCCUAUGGGAAAGAUGGAAAGGAGGCCGCCCUCAUUGACAUGAUGUGUGAUGGCGUUGAGGACCUUCGUCUUAAAUAUGGAAAAAUGAUUUACCAGGAAUACGAUACUGGUAAAGACCCAUACAUCAAAGACCUUCCUAACCACCUCGACAAGUUUGAAGCUGUGAUGGCCAAAAACAAGACUGGUUUUCUCGUUGGUGACAAGCCUUCGUUUGCUGACUACAGUCUGUUUGAAGUGCUGCUCAACCACCUGGUGCUCUGCUCCAGUUGCCUGGAUACCUUCCCCUCCCUGAAGAGCUUUGUCGAGAAGAUGUCAGCCCGUCCCAAAAUCAAGGCCUUCCUGGGCUCUGACGCCUACAAAAAACUGCCCAUUAAUGGCAAUGGCAAACAGUGAAAUUCCUGAACAAAGAAGGCUCGAUUCCAUCCAUUUACCUUCGCUGUAACCUGAACGGUUUUGGAUAAUAGCAAUGUUUUACAAGUCCAUCUUACACAUUAGCCCACAAACGUGUUAACUAAAUGUACAAUUGUUAGCUACUGAGUAGAUGAAUUUUCAUAUGUUAAAAAUAAAGGGCUUUUUGAGAGAA